AUGGCACAAACUAUCAAAUCCCUCCAAAAACCCUAACAACAAGUAGCAGUAGCCGAGAAGAGAAACGUGAGGGGGGCGGCGAGUGGGAAGAAACUGUGCGCGUAUAAAAUCAGCGAAUAAAGGGAACAAAUAUAAAGUAAUGACCGGCACAUUCGCUCUCUUACUUCCGCCGGUCUCUCCUCCAACUCUUUCUCUAAAGUUCAAUCGGCUCUCUCUCUUUCAGCAUUCUCCUCCUCUCUCUGCAACCUACAGAUAUUCUGAGAGCUACCUCUAGAAGAUUUUCUUCGACGACAAAGGCACAGUCAAUAUCGUCAAUGGCAGCUGCUGAAGAAAGCACAGGGACUCUUAGGCAACAAUUGGCAAAACUAUUUGAAGCCUCACUUAGAACAACGGUUCCUAGUGAGGCAGAUGUAGAACCCUUGAUUGCUGCCUGCAAUCCAAGAUUUGGCGACUAUCAGUGCAACAACGCCAUGAGUUUAUGGACAAGAAUAAAAGGGAAGGGCACCGAGUUCACUGGUCCACAACCUAUCGGACGGGCCAUCAUAACAAAUCUUCCUGCAUCAGAAAUGAUAGAAUCGUGCACCAUAGCUGGACCUGGCUUUGUGAAUGUUGUAUUAUCUAAUCUAUGGAUUGCAAAGAGAAUCCUAAAGAUGCUAAUAGAUGGUAUUGAGACAUGGGCACCAAAGCUUCCAAUUAAAAGGGCAAUUGUUGACUUUUCCUCACCCAACAUUGCGAAAGAAAUGCAUGUUGGUCAUCUAAGAUCCACUAUUAUAGGGGAUACUUUAGCCCGUAUGCUCGAGUUUUCAAAUGUUGAUGUUCUUCGGAGAAACCAUGUCGGUGAUUGGGGUACACAGUUUGGUAUGCUAAUUGAAUACCUUUUCGAAAUGUUUCCAAACUGGGAAGCUGCAACAGAUCAAGCCAUUGGAGAUCUAGAGGCGUUCUACAAGGCCUCCAAGCAGAAAUUCGAUAGUGAUCCUGGUUUCAAGGAGCGGGCACAACGGGCAGUUGUCAGUCUACAGGGUGGGGAGGCGAAAUAUCGCAAGGCAUGGGCUCAAAUUUGUGAAAUCAGUCGCAAGGGAUAUGAAAAAGUUUAUCAACGACUUGGAGUAAAAUUAGAGGAAAAGGGAGAGAGCUUUUAUAAUCCAUUUAUUCCUGGAGCUUUAGAGGAACUAAAUAAUGUGGGUUUAAUCAAAGAAAGUGAAGGUGCUCGUGUGAUCUUUAUCGAAGGGAAAAAUAUACCUCUUAUUGUUGUGAAGAAAGAUGGUGGCUUCAACUAUGCUUCGACUGAUCUUGCAGCUUUACGGUAUCGACUUAAUGAAGAAAAAGCCGAGUGGAUAAUCUAUGUUACUGAUGUUGGCCAGCGAGAGCACUUUGAAAUGUUUUUUGCUGCUGCCAAACUUGCAGGUUGGCUUCCAGCUGGUGAUAAUGUAUACCCUAAAACUAGCCAUGUGGGCUUUGGUCUUGUUCUUGGAGAAGAUGGAAAGCGAUUUCGAACCCGAAGCACUGAAGUUGUUAAAUUAGUUGAUUUACUUGAUGAAGCCAAGAGUCGCUGUAAAGCAGCUCUUGUUGAACGAGGUAAGGCUGAUGAGUGGUCUGAGGAGGAGCUUGAGAAAACUGCUGAAGCAGUUGGAUAUGGGGCUGUGAAGUACGCCGACCUGAAGAACAACAGAUUGACCAAUUAUACUUUUAAUUUUGAUCAAAUGCUUAAUGAUAAGGGGAAUACUGCUGUAUAUUUGCUGUAUGCACAUGCUCGAAUCUGUUCAAUUAUCAGGAAAUCUGGUAAAGACAUAGAAGAGUUAAAAAAGACGGGAACAAUAGACUUGGCCCACCAUGAUGAGCGUGUUUUAGGGCUUCAUUUGAUCCAGUUUGCUGAGGUUGUUGAAGAAGCGUGCACCAAUCUCUUGCCAAAUGUGUUGUGUGAAUAUCUAUACAAUUUAUCCGAGUACUAUACAAGAUUUUAUUCCAACUGUCAGGUUGUGGGAUCAGCAGAGGAAACAAGCAGACUCUUGCUGUGCGAAGCAACGGCUGUUGUCAUGAGAAAAUGUUUCAAUCUACUCGGAAUUGAACCUGUCUACAGGAUAUAAUUCUCGACAGUUAAUUGAAUGGUUUUUAAUAUGUAGUUCUGGAACUGUGCUGUGAUAGUACAAAUUUCUUGGCAUUUUAAGGUGUAAAGCUAUAUAUGCCCUAGCAAAAAACACAUUACACUCUUUUGUGGGCUCUUACUUAGAGUGAAACUGGCCAUUUUAAGUAAAUGUUGAUUUUGGUUUUGCUUCCUGA